UUUUUGCCUGAAGGGUGAGGUAAUGGAUGGAAAGACGCUGGCAGUGAUUGACUACACCCCCUACCUGAAGUUUACCCAGAGCUAUGACUACCUGAGUGACGAUGAGGACAGGCAGAGUGUGGACAGCAGUACCAGUGACGAGAGCGUCUCAGAGCACCCCUACCUCCCCCUGGUCCCCGACGACGAGAGCUGGACCAACAAGUGCCGUAAGAUGGAGCAGAAGUUCAAGAUCGUCUACGCACAGAAGGGGUACCUGGAGGAGCUGGUCAGGCUGCGGGAGUCCCAGCUCAAGAACCUGGAGGUCGAGAACAAGCGUCUGCAGCUGCGUCUGGAGGAGAUGAAGGUGCAGAAUCAGAAAGAGAAGAAAGAGAUGGAGGGCAUUGUGCUGGAACUGCAGGAGCAGCUGACUGGUCUGAUUCCCUGUGACUCCAGUCAUUUGUCUAAAGAGAGGACGAUCCCCCAAGUGAACCAGUGGACAGGUCUGGGGGCCUUCAAUAAUGAAGAGGACAUCAAGCUUUACAGAAGGAGUUACCACAGCGCAGAGCAGCUCUCCACAGAGAUCAGUCUGGACUCGGACUCCCAGAAGACGGAGGGGAAGCAGAAUGGACAGUCCUGGUGCAACGCAGGCAAAGACUAUACCCCGUCGAUGCUAGGUCUGUGCGGCUCUCUGGCUUCUCUCCCCAGCUGUAAGUCUCUGCCCAGCCUGAAGUCCAGCGAGUGCCUGGUCCCUGUCAGCACUGAAGCCAGUCCUGCCCUCUCCCCCAGCUAAGGGCAAGGCUUCUGCCUGCAUCACCGGCCUGCACCUGGCUCAACUCAGACAUUCCUAUCAAGACCGCUGCUCUCUCUGCUCCUGUGCUCUCGGGCUGUUUCAGUCCUGAUGACAGAGCUUCGACACGCCAGGAUCCAUACUGUUAGUGUCUGGAGCCUUCGUCUGUCCAUCUGUUUGUCUGUCUGUUAGGGAUUUGUUAUGGCUAAAAUAAUUUGCCCUUUAACUUAUUUAUUUAUUUAUUUAUUUUAUUUAAAUUUUGACUUUGAAUGAGAUUCUGACAUAGCAAACAGUACCCUCUGGUGGACAAAUGUUAUAACAUUUACUGCACACCACUUCUAUCUAUCUAUCUGUCUAUCUAUCUAUCUGUGGGGAAUAUUCAAUCAAAAACAAAUUGAAAAACACUGGUGAGGUCCAUAACAUUGAAACAGAUUUAAAGGUUAAAGAACAGACCAUAAAGUUGCAAAGAGCCUUGCUGAUUUAAAAAAAUAAAAUCAAUAUUGCAACAGUCUUGUACUGUGUAUGGAAUAAAUGUUAACUACUAUGAGGAGGUCAAUUUAAUGGGAUGAUUGUUGUACAGUAUUUGUAUUUAUUUUAUUUUUUUAUUUUAGAGUGACCAAUUUUUAUUUAUUUUCCCCCAAUUUGGAAGGUCCAGCGAUUCCCCACACAGCACAGACACACUCUCACAAGCCUAAAAUCAGAGUCGCUUUUACACUUAGCAAUCCAGAGCAGAGGUGGGCGGGGCUAUCGAUCCCAGAGAACAGAGAUCAGCCCUGCUUUUUAUCCACUCUGAAUGUGCUCAGUGUCUGACCAGUAGGGGUCGCUGUUGCCCGAUGAGGAGAAAGAAUCUCUGCCGGUUUCCUCUUUGGAGACCCCAGCAAGUUCGGCCAGUUUGCACAGCCCAGACGCGAACUGGUAUGUGUGUUUGGAAGCUGCCUGUAUACUUUGCUACUGCCCUGUUCUCUGCAAAUAUUCAGUCUCAUUUUCCAGAGUGUAUCUGUGUAAAAGUUGAAUAUUAACACAGCAACUUGUUUUUGCUAAAGCAGUGGCACAAUCUCUUGUCUCUGGAAAUGUGAUUGAAUAAUGCCACAGAACUGGAAUAUAGCGCUGUAAUAAAGCUGUACUUUCUGAUUGAAUUUCCCCCCCGAUCUAUCAGUCUCUGUGUGUAUACCUCCACAAUGUGGAUAUAUACUUUUAAAUGUACAAGUGGCAGUAUGAGACUUGGAAUGUUUCUAGGUGAUCAAAAUCCAUUGCUAGUAGCAGCUUACAAUUUUCUCAGAUUUUAGGUGGCAUUGGAAUUGUAUUUUCUCCUCUUUGAGUGUUCUUAUCUGAAGCCCCCAGCUCCCAGGUGAGUGCAGGUUUGUGUCCUUGGCAUUGGUGCUGGUGCUACCAAGGUUUGUGGAGACAGAAGAAAAUCAACCCUGCUGGCCGGGAACCAGUUGAGCUGAAGUGGACACCUGCAGGGCUGGCCUUUGUCCUCCAGAGGCUGCUAGCGUGUCUAAAGAGCUGUAUACACCACGCUGCCAAUCUCUUAGAAAUAUACCUGGAGCUGCACUUCAAGCAGCAGCGCUGGAUCCUGGUUACCUUCUCCAGGGACAUUGCUCUGAGGCUAGUCCACUUGUUUAGGAUUAUCCCAAGAUUGAAACCUUAAAACAGCUUGUUCUGUAAACAGCUGUGCUCGGUGGGUGCAGUUUGCUGAGCUGCCAUCCAAAAAGGUGAAUUUUGAACCUGAGUAACCAUGCGGUUUCCCAGACAGAUAGAUGUAUGCUAUUAGAUACACUGGUUACUGCUAGUGGGACUCCUAGACUCCAAGAACUAAUGCGUGUCCACACAGUGCCGUCAUGUGGGACAGAAUGCCUUUGCCAUCGCAUGAGUGCACCUCAACAGGUGCUUCUAGUGGCAGCGCAGCAUAUAUCACUUCAUACACAGUACAGACAUAUUUAAAGGGGUGCUAACUCCAGUCUUCUUUUUUCCAUUUAAUUUUAGCAUUAGUCCACUCAGUAUUUUUCUUUACUUGCUGUGCUGUGAAUCAAUAUCGCUUGCAUGGUCUAGCCUCACUCCUGUGGUACAAGCUUCACUCUGACUAUGGGUGUGAUCUGCAACCAAGGAAGUAAGAAGGCAACAUCACGACAAUAUUAAAAUCCAUGGUGUUGUACUUUUAAUUAAAGAACAAAAAGAUCUUACAAUAGUGGGGUCAUGUUGGGAUUUUAAAAGGUUGAUUGUCACUUCUUUAAAGGUUCUGUUCUGGUAAACACAAAGAAAUUCAAUGUAAAUUAAGUUCUGAAUGUUUUUGGUGAUGUUUUAGAAUUAGACGAAGUAAAUGCACCUGUAUGAAAAUGUAAAGUAAUUCAAACAUUUCAAGUUACAAUAACAUUGAAGCUGAAUAACUUUGAUUUGGUUCCUCUAAAAUCAGAAAUUCUGAAGAAGAACCGCUAAGAAACUAAGGCAAGCAGACACACACUGUGGCUAGUUCAGCAGUGUGCAUCUAGUUCUCAAUUUUCAAUUCCAAGAUAACAUUUAUAAGUACACUGAUGUGGGCAUUUUUUUUUUUUUUUAGUUGAUCUAGUUUCUCAGAAGUUUUGCUUCUAAAACCAUUCCAGACAAACCAAAGUUAUAAUGUAGGCUUGCAUUUCCCAAUGGCCAUACAAAAUAACACCCCAGCGCAGUUCUCAUAAUAAAAAAUGCUAGAGAGCAUUUACAGUAGAAUAUAAGAAGUAGCACAAAUAAAACUGCUUUGGGCUUUCUACAAUUGUAAAAGAAACAUCUUUUUUUUUUUUUUUUUUUUUGUAUUUACUCAUGCACUGGAUCGUCUCACCCAUACAU